GUCGAGGUGCAUGUCAGGACAUGUUGUCAUGCAUGGUGGAGAGGGCGUGGCGAAACAGGCAACCGCGGGAGUGAAAGCAAAGUGAUACCACUAUGAAACAGUCUCCCCUGUAAUCAACAUUUGGACCAUAGCUCCGUGAAAACGGGUUGGAUAAGCAUCGAUUUCCAUGGAAUAAAAGAAGACUAGUGCUGACUGUUUUGACAAUCGUAGUGGGAAACGUGGAAUGUCACAAACUACAAGUGGACUUUCUUCAACAUCCAACGCAAGGACAAGUCGCGAGUCAAACAGCCUGUUGGACACAUAUUCUGAUGUCAACAAGCAAUCGACAGUGCCUCAACUACAGACACAUUUACAGUAAUCACGAAUCAUCAGAUACAUCAAACUGCACCUGGUAUGGCCCGCCCCCAGACGGAGAGUGGAGUGGACCACCAUGGCCGUGGCAGACAACACAGCUGCCGCAUGGAGGUCCAGCGGCCAGACACCUGGCCUGGUGGCAGCAACAACCCUCUCCAGGCUGCAUACCCCCAGUCCUGCCAACUGCUCCCCAACAUGGACACCCAGCCCAGGCAGGGCUCUCCGCCCCCCCAGCCUCAGAGAGAAGCCUCCCCACCCCCCAGUGCCCAUCCACUGGACACCACCACAAGAGCAAGCACAGACCCAGACAGAGAGCUCCAGGACACCACAGCCAGGGAUCCCCUGCCUGACCUGCUGCCCCAGAGAGAGCGCUCUCCCCAGGCUUCUCCCCAGCACAGAGAAUCUGGAGUAGCGGACCCGCGUUUGGACAACGAGGUGGUGGAAAGAGUGGCCAACCAGCUCAAGAGAAUCGGUGACGACUUGAACGCUACGAUCCUCCAGAGAAUGGGUGGCAUCCCCCAACGGCAGGACUGGAGAGGCCUAUGUCUAGGAGUCCUCAACUUCCUCUCGGAUACCCUCAGCAUUCUGUACCGACUGAGAUAGACUGACCCUAGGGAUUGGACACGCCGGAGCUCCCUACUGGACCAAUCACAGACUGCUUCAGAAUGGACUCAGUCCGCUGGAACGGACGAACCCCUUUUGUUUAGUCUCUUUUGUACAUCUUGUGUAUAUAUAUAUAUAUUUUUCAAUCUCUCUUUGGGACAGCUCUUGAUGAAGCAUUCUGACCCAGGUUGGUCUCCCAGACCGUGUAGGCUUGUGUGUGUUCCUAUCCUUCCUUGUAAACUGUGAAGCACGCUGAUGUGGUGAUGACGUGAGGGCUUUACCUGGCGGAGAGGCUAUGGCUCCUGUAUGUGUGUGUACAACUUCUUCCAAUUAAGGUCAUGGUACAGUAGAAUGAGCAAUUCAACUGCUCGACAGCAUGGCUUGAUGCGGGUACUGAGGGGCCUGUGUAGAAUCCCCUGUAAGUCACACUAUGGCUAAUACUAAUCAGUUUAUAUCGCUGGAUGAGCCAAGCUUACUGCUGGGAUAAGUUAUAGCGAUAUACUAUAUGGGAUCUGCUGUAGAGGUCGGCAUAUAGUUUCAGACAGGACCAACUUGACUUGGUAAACAAUGCCAGUACACUCUUAGUAAAAACGGUUCCAAAAGGGUUAUUCGGCUGUCCCCAUAGGAGAACCCUUUUUGGUUAUUUUUGGAACCAAAAAGGGUUCUACCUG